GAAAACAAGAUACAUUUAUGUUCUGUGAUUAGCUUCAUUUGUUUUAUUUACUUUUCAUUCUAGCAGCAUAAGGUCAACGAAAAAUCAAAAGGUAGACGGCGGAAGCGCGCACCACUGCGCGGGCACAGCUGUCAGCACCAAGGACAGCCGCAGCCCCAAGCGUCGCAUCAGUCUGAUAAUCACUUCACAGCAAAGCCCCGCACAGAGCCCACGGAGGACCGGGAGAGCGAUACACAGCGCAUAAAGGAAAACGCAUACACCGCAAAAUAUGCUCUGACUCGUUUCUAUCGACACUGGAAAAAAGAAAAUGGUGGAAAUUGACAAAGAAAAUCAAAAUGUUUGAAGAAAGGCUGCUGACAAUUACGAAGAUAAUCCAACAGUGGUUGAGGUCCUGACCAUGAACAUUCCUCCGCAUUUCCCAUAAAUCAGCUGUCCAGAUUUUUCACACUGUCUAGGGGGACGGUGGUUCCAGUCUUUUUAACCGGGUGAACCGUGCAGUCCAGAAGCCGGGCAAACCGACCCGCCAACACGAGGGAGAGACGCAACCGGGGUCUUCUGUGCGGUUUGAUCGUUCACACGAUGCGUCUGUUUCUGCUGGCGGUGUUCCUCUCGUGCUCUUGCGCGCGGGGCGGCUGCGAACCGAAGAUAGUGAACAUCGGAGCAGUCCUGAGUCAGAAGAGGUACGAGCAAGUCUUUAAGGAUGCGGUGACCCAGGCGAAUCAGAUCUACGGGAGAGAUAAAUUCAAGUUGACCGCCAUCUCCGUAACGCACAAACCCAACGCUAUCCAGAUGGCUCUCUCCGUCUGCGAGGACCUCAUCUCUAACCAGGUGUAUGCCAUCCUGGUGAGUCAUCCUCCCCAGUCCAAUGACCACCUCACCCCCACGCCUGUGUCAUACACCGCAGGCUUCUACCGCAUCCCUGUGGUGGGCCUCACCACGCGCAUGUCCAUCUACUCCGACAAGAGUAUCCACUUGUCCUUUCUGCGGACUGUCCCCCCGUACUCCCACCAGGCUCACGUGUGGUUUGACAUGAUGCGAGAGUUUCGAUGGAACCACAUCAUCCUGAUUGUCAGCGAUGACCACGAGGGGCGGGCCGCGCAGAAGAGACUGGAGACCCUACUGGAGGAGAGGGAAACAAAGAAUAAAAAAAGGAACUAUGAAAACCUCGACCAACUGUCCUAUGACAACAAGCGAGGACCUAAGGCAGAGAAAGUCCUCCAGUUCAGCCAGGAGACUAACUUAACUGCUCUGCUUCUGGAGGCCAAAGAGCUGGAGGCUCGUGUCAUCAUCCUCUCCGCCAGUGAAGAGGACGCUGCUGCAGUUUACAAGGCUGCCCGUUUCCUGAACAUGACAGGCUCGGGUUACGUGUGGCUGGUGGGAGAGCGGGAGAUGUCGGGUAAAGCCCUGAGUGAGGCACCAGAUGGUCUCAUCGGCCUCCAGCUCAUCAACGGCAAGAACGAGUCGGCCCACAUCAACGACGCAGUGGCAGUGGUGGCUCAGUCCAUCCAGGAGCUCUUUGAGAAGGAGAACAUCACGGAGCCGCCCAGAGGCUGUGUGGGAAACACCAACAUCUGGAAGACUGGCCCCCUCUUCAAAAGGGUUCUGAUGUCAUCAAAGUACCCAGAGGGCCUCACUGGACGUGUGGAGUUCAAUGACGAUGGCGACAGGAAGUAUGCUCACUACAGCAUUCUCAACUACCAGAAGAGUCGACUCAUUCAAGUCGGGAUUUACAAUGGAACACAGGUGGUGAUGAAUAAUCAGAGGAAGAUCAUCUGGCCGGGAGGAGAGACAGAGAAACCGCGGGGCUUUCAGAUGUCCACAAGACUAAAGAUAGUGACCAUACACCAGGAGCCCUUUGUGUAUGUGAAACCCACUGAGCAGGAUGGAACCUGCAAGGAGGAAAAAACCUUAAAUGGAGUGGCAGAUAUUAAAAAGGUGAUCUGCACUGGACCAAAUGAGACCAUCCCAGGACGUCCAAUUGUACCUCAAUGUUGUUAUGGAUUCUGUAUCGAUCUACUUAUCAAGUUGGCCGGAACCAUGAACUUUACCUAUGAGGUGCACCUGGUGGCUGAUGGGAAAUUUGGAACACAGGAGCGGGUGAACAACAGCAACAAGAAAGAGUGGAAUGGCAUGAUGGGAGAGCUCCUGGGGGGUCUGGCAGAUAUGAUUGUUGCCCCGCUGACGAUAAACAACGAACGAGCCCAGUACAUCGAAUUCUCCAAACCUUUUAAGUACCAAGGCCUAACCAUCCUCGUUAAAAAGGAAAUCCCUCGCAGUACACUGGACUCGUUCAUGCAGCCUUUUCAGAGCACACUGUGGCUGCUGGUGGGUCUUUCGGUGCAUGUGGUGGCGGUGAUGCUUUACCUACUAGACCGGUUCAGCCCGUUUGGGAGGUUUAAAGUAAACAGUGAAGAAGAAGAAGAAGACGCCCUCACCUUGUCGUCAGCCAUGUGGUUCUCCUGGGGAGUGUUGCUUAACUCCGGUAUUGGGGAAGGCGCGCCGCGCAGCUUCUCAGCGAGAAUCUUGGGCAUGGUGUGGGCCGGCUUUGCCAUGAUCAUAGUGGCAUCGUAUACUGCCAACCUGGCUGCCUUCCUGGUGCUGGACCGGCCUGAGGAGCGCAUCACCGGCAUCAACGACCCGAGGUUGAGGAACCCAUCAGACAAGUUCAUCUACGCCACUGUGAAGCAGAGCUCUGUGGACAUCUACUUCCGGCGGCAGGUGGAGCUUAGCACCAUGUACCGCCACAUGGAGAAGCACAACUACGAGAGUGCCGCUGAGGCUAUCCAGGCCGUGCGCGACAACAAGCUGCAUGCUUUCAUCUGGGACUCUGCGGUGCUGGAGUUUGAAGCCUCGCAGAAGUGCGACCUGGUGACCACGGGAGAGCUGUUUUUCCGUUCGGGCUUUGGCAUAGGCAUGCGCAAGGACAGCCCCUGGAAACAGAAUGUGUCCCUGGCCAUUCUCAGUUCCCAUGAGAAUGGAUUCAUGGAAGAUCUAGAUAAAACCUGGGUGAGAUACCAGGAGUGUGACUCACGGAGCAAUGCCCCAGCCACACUCACCUUUGAGAACAUGGCAGGAGUGUUCAUGUUGGUGGCUGGAGGCAUAGCAGCAGGGAUCUUCCUCAUCUUUAUUGAGAUCGCCUACAAGCGACACAAAGACGCCCGAAGGAAGCAGAUGCAGCUGGCCUUUGCGGCCGUCAACGUCUGGAGGAAGAACCUGCAGGACAGUAAGGAGGCCUCUGGGAGCCAAGCUGUGGGCGCAUCGAUGACUCCAUCGUUACCCUCUUCCUCUCUAGAGACUCAGGAUGAUAGGAAAAGUGGUAGAGCAGAGCCCCCCGACCCCAAAAAGAAAGCCUCUUUUAGGUCCAUCAGUACCUCCCUGGCCUCCAGCAUCAAGAGACGUAGGUCGUCCAAAGACACGCAGUACCCACCCACCGACAUCACGGGCCAGCUCAACUUGUCCGACCCAUCUGUCAGCACAGUGGUGUGAGAGGGACAGAAGGAGAGAGAGAUUUUCUCCUCUGAGAGAAAGAGAGAGGGUGGGUGAACGGAGAGAGCCUUCCCCCAGAUCGCUGCAUCGUUGGAUCCAUCACUGCUGAAGCUUUUUGUCCCAUUGGCUUUGCAGUGGAGCAAUGGAGCCGACGUCUAAGAAAGGACUCCCCUGAUCAUAUUCUCUGAUCGUGGCACCUGUUACAGCUGUCUGGCAUUAGUCAGCUCUAGGGUUCUGAGCUUACUGACACAUACUGUGUUUUUAUCUGUUUUCUCUAUUCAUGCUCAAUUUAUGCUUAAAACAGUCCAAUCGUUGUCUAAUUUACUUACUGCAGACAUAGUGAUGCUGGAUACUACUACUAUUUAAUAACCCUACAAGAUACAUUUUACUGUUUUAAAAAUCUUGUUUAGUUAGAUUACUUAAGUAUACACACAAGUUAAGUUCUGUACAUAUCAUUUAACUUACAAGGAGGGACCAUAACACACACUAUUAUUUCACAGUAUUUAACAACAUGAUUUGGCAGGUAGUUUAACUGUUAAGGGUUAGUUAGGCCAGUAACCCGAAAGGUCGCUGGUUUGAAUCCUCAUGCUGACUAGGUGAAAAAUCCAUCGAAUGUCCUUGAGCAAGGCACUUAAGCCUAAUUGCUCCUGUAAAUUGCUCUGGGUAAGAGCCUCUGCUAAAUGACUAAAAUGUGAACAGCAUAAUAGGUACACUUUGCUGGAUAACAACUACAGCAUUUUAUUAAGAAAUACUUAUUUUAACUCCAUGUUUAAACAUUUUAGAUAUGUCUUUGUUAAAUUGGACAUGUUUUAAUAGUGAGAAUAUUAACUUUUGUGACAAUGUAAUCCUUUAAAGCAGCAAUUCUAAAGAAGGAAGCAUGCAUGUAUUGUAAAUAUAUAGAUGCAACUGAAUAUUUAUGUAACUAAUGUCCAUGGUGUUAAUAUUGCUGCUACUGUUUGUUGGAAUACUCCGUGGCACUUUACAACACACUUAAAACCAUUUUCUAAUAACUCACAGUUUUCUGAGAUACAAAAAUGGUGAACUUUGUUUACAUUGUAUUAUUUGCCCCUUAAUCAUUUUAUAACUGUCUGCCAAACUGUCUGCAUGCUUGUAUAUAUUAUAUUCAGCCAGUAUUAUCCUUUGGUGCCCCUUGAAAACAUUCUGCCUGUAACGUAAUGUUCACAUUUACCUGUAUUUGGUCCAAUGAGGUCCUUACACCUUUGAUAUUGGGAAAGUGGCAAUGCUCUAUUCUUAUUUGAAAGGGAUUUUUAGUCACAAAUCUAAUCAAAACUACAGGAAAUACUCUCAAAAGGGUGCACAUUUUUGCUUUUUCCCUAGCACUACACACCUGAUUCAAAUAACUCAUCAUAAGCCUUUGAUUGGUGGAAUCAUGUAUGUAGUCCUACGGCAAAAACAAAAAUGUGAAUCCUUUUGGGUCCCCAUUACCAGGAUGAAGAGAAACAUUCUCUAAGUCAACGUUUUCUACCAUUUGUUUGGAAACCCACCUCUCUCUCCCUCUCGCUUUCCUCAGUCUUUCUCAUCGCCAGUGUCAAGGGGUUGCAUCAAAGGGCCAGGUUUUUCACCCAACCAGCACUUGGUCUUUCAUGAAAAACCUCCUCCCUGUGCACGUCAGUCUAUCUUCAAUUUGCACUUUCAGAUCUUCUACAUGAAAGGAACCCAUGUGAAUUGAUAACUCAGCUUAACUUUCAGUCUUGGUGCUGUGAGCUUAGGUACAGUUAUCUUGGUUAAAUGGAAAAAGGGCCAUUUCCCAGGUUCUGAUGUUGAGAAACAAAGACAAGGUGUGGCAUGUUGAAACAAAGACUACAGUACCAUUCUGGCACGGCAAUGCACAGCACUUUAACCGAAGGGCUUCCCCAUGUUCCCCAUGAUGUUUCCAUCAACAAGGCCGAUUGAAAUAUAAUUAUAUUCAGUAUGCAAGUACAUACAAAUGUAUAUGAAUAAGAGCAGAAAACUCUCACAAGAGAGAUCAUGGUCUAAUUGUUAUAGUAUGAUCCACAGCACAAAAUGGUGAAAUCAACGUUGUUUCAACGUAAUUUGUCAACGUAUUGUGAUGUGGAAAAUACAUUGGAUUUGAAAAAGUUAUCAACUGUUGUUUUGAGGGUGACAUUUCAACCACAUAAUUAUGUCAUCAUUGUAACCAAUUUUCAACAUAGUCAACCUUGAAUAAAAUAUGUUGAAUUUGUACCUUUGAAACAACAUCAGAUCUUCAAUGUUAUAUCCAUGUCAGAAAAAAAACAACAGGCUGGGCUGUACCUGGUACUGGAGAGUUGAUCUAUCCACAGCUACCCGUUGGUCCAGGGUUUUAACCAAGCCCAGCCCUGCUUAGCUUUGAUAUUUUCCACUGACUACUACCAAUGUGCUAUCGUGAGAAUGAUUAUUGAAAGAUCUCUUAAUAGAUAAAUAGAUUCACUGUUGCUAUCAAAGUAAUUCCCAAGGUCAUAUAAGUAAUGUCCCCCCCCAAAAAAAUUACUGAGCGCAAGCUUGAAGGUUGUGAAAAUUCUGUGCAACUUCCAGCGCGCGUUUACUGCUUUAAGUUACAGUUUUAACAGUGGCCAAUUAGGCUACUGUGGCUAUUUGAUCAUAAUGUAGGCCUACCAUGAAAAACUAUGGAGAAAAUGCAUCCCAUAACAUUUUAACAUGGAAAUAGCUGUUCUAUCAUGCAGCCAAUGUCUGGUGUUCAAUGUAGGCCUACAUUCCAUGCAGGACUUGACAUUAACCUGUUUAUCCUCUUGUCUUUCAUAAAAGGAGGUGACCAAUUUUUUGUGUGUGUGUUGUUUGAUGUAAGAAACCACUUUACAAAAGAAAAUGUAUUAUUAAUUUCACACGGUUAUUACAGAGAAUCAGACAAAUGAUGCUACCCUCUGCUUAAUGGCUACUUAGCUUAUUCAAGCCUGUCUCAAAAUACAACACUUCCCCUUUAAGACAAAAAAAGCUCUUUACCUGACUCGCUUUUCAAAGAUGUCUAGGAAAGUGCACGUUUUGUGGUCUUGCAGGAAGCAAUCACUCCCCUAUUGCUGACUACAAAUGUGCACACGUGGCUACAUGCAGCUCUCGCUUUGAUCUCAAAACAAGUGCAUCUACUCAAGACCACUCGUGCUGUAAACACAGUCCAGUUCAAAGUAAACGGCACAGAUCCAUAUAUGGCAAUGGUCUAUUUGUAUAUAGGCCUACUACAGCUUUGAUUGGUUAUGCCGCAUGGAUCUGUGUAGUGUACGGGCUGAGUCGUGUGCAAUAGAAUCCUACUCCGAUGAGGUAUGCCUACAACAAAAACUCUUGCAUAGUUCGUUUUGCAUGCUAAGUCUUGCAUAGUUCGUUUUGCAUGCUAAGUCUUGCAUAGUUCGUUUUGCAUGCUAAGUCUUGCAUAGUUUGUUUUGUUUCGGGUAUGUUGCAUUAAAUGUGACUAAUAUUGCAUUGAUUCGACCACAAUUGCCACAGUAAAGGGAAACGUUGAUAGUGUUAACUAACAGGGAAAACUCUAGACAAACUGGAUAUUGAAUUGUGUUUAGUUGUCAACACAACCAAAUAUCAACAUUUGAAGGAGAUGUAGCUUCUGCUUUGGUAUUUCCAUCUGUGCCACUGACAAAGUUUGGCUUGAAUUCCAGUUUGCCUACAAAUAAAAAAAAGCAUUUGUUGGAUUCAUGUCCCCUUCUCAACCAAAAAUCUAAGUUAAUGAAUAAGACUAAAUUAAAAUCAAACUUUAAAUAAAGUUUGAUUUGAUUUAGUCCCGUUCUUUAGAUUAAAUGUCUGUUUUAUAUGGAGACAAACUGGAAUUAAAGCCAGACUACUGGCACAAAAUAUACAUAUUUUUCAAAUGUUAAUAUUUGGUUGUGUUGACCAAACACAAUUCAAUAUCACUUUAGCAAUACAGCAAAUAGCCUAAAGUUAACGCUAUCUUACAAACUAAUAUAACAGUAUUUAUUCAAUGUUAAAAUGAGUAACACACCAAUGGCCACAUUUGGAGGUUACUGUACUAUAAAUGUCUUCUUAUGUCAUCAUAGAAAGUGUGCAUGUUCAAGAUGAUAGCAUGCAAAGGUUGCAGGUCUGUGGAGAGCUUCACAAUUGCAUUAAUAACGUGCAGAAUCUCAAACAGCAUGGAUCAUUUCCACCAUUUUUUAUGUAAUCUCAACUGCAAUCCAGGUCAUUUGGUUGUGCUAUUACAUGAAGCACAGUGAUAACACAUAUUAUUGUAUAUAAAUAUAUAAAUAUAUAUAAAUACAGAUUAUCUGACAUUGUCUUUCCAUUCGAAUUUGGUUGGGCUUUUAGAUGGCUGAAAGCAUAGUAAUAACACGCUGGGAAUUCAACACAUUUCUGGCUGUCUUUUUGAGUUUCUCUCAACCAAAUAUUAUCCAAAUGUUCACUUUGAAAUGAUGUGGUGUGCCCAGUGGGGAGUGUCUCAUACAAAAAGUAAUUCAUAAUUGUAUGAAUUUGUUUGGUGACAAAGUUUUUGAUGAAACACAUAGAUUGUAGUACUUCACUGGAGAAACAGUUAACACAUUUGUUGAUAUGGCGGCAGGGUAGCCUAGUGGUUAGAGCAAUGGACUAGUAACUGGAAGGUUGCAAGUUCAAACCCCUGAGCUGAACAGGCAGUUAACCCACUGUUCCUAGGCUGUCAUUGAAAAUAAGAAUUUGUUCUUAACUGACUUGCCUGGUAAAA